UCCCCCCCACCACCUCUCCCCACUUGUUGCGCCUCCACGGGCUCAAAUUCUCUCCCUCUCUCUCUCUCUCUCUCUCUCUCUUUGCGGUUUCUUGCAGUUUCUUGCUGUGUUCUUGGUUUUUUGUAUCGACCCAUCUCGAGAACCCACCAGGAAAAGAUGCCUGCUUGGUGGUCCAAGAAGUCCAGCAAGACCCGGGAGGCCGCCGCCGCCGCCGCCGCCGACAACAGCCUCGCCAAGUCGUCCAUCAAGAACGACGCGAAGCGGAAGCCCAGGAGCUUCGACGAGUCCGUCUCCUCCAAGAACUCGCCCAGGAGCAGCAGGGAUUUCGGGGGGAUCGCGGUCGGUGGCGGCGGCGGCGGCGGGGGGCCGGCCGGGGCGGGGGCGGGCGGGUUCUCGGGGUUCGAAUCGGAUCGGGGGCUGCCCUUGCCUCGGCCCUCUGUCUCGUCCGUCCAGGGGAUCGAGAACGGGUCGGUCUCCGUCUCCAGCGUGAGCUCGUCCGGGUCGUCGGAUGAUCACCCGUUGGUCAAUGCUCACGCCCAAUUCGGAGUCCAGAGGGGACUCAGUGAUACAAAGUGCACUGCAAGGCCAAGGAGCCCCGGUCCUUGUUCGAGGGGGCCCACAAGCCCCACAUCGCCUCUUCAUACACGAUUGUCGGGUAUCAAUCUUGAUUCUCCACAGUCAGGCAGGCAAGACGAUAGGAGUCAAUGCCAUCCGCUGCCUCUUCCGCCGGGUUCUCCUACAAGCCCUUCUUCAUUGCCCAACAACAGAAACGGUGGGGCGCUUGAAAGCCCGACUUUUACCCUAUCAAAAUGGAAGAAGGGAAGACUUCUGGGAAGAGGAACUUUUGGGCACGUUUACCUUGGAUUCAACAGUGAAGGAGGGCAAAUGUGUGCUAUAAAGGAAGUGAGGAUUGCUUCAGAUGAUCAGACAUUAAAAGAGAGUUUUAAGCAGCUUAAUCAGGAGAUAAACUUGCUUAGUCAACUUCGUCAUCCAAAUAUAGUGCGAUACUAUGGAAGUGAAUUGGGAGAAGAUACACUCUCAGUUUAUCUUGAGUAUGUAUCGGGUGGUUCAAUCCACAAAUUACUCCAGGAGUAUGGUGCGUUUGAGGAGCCUGUUAUUCAAAAUUAUACUAGGCAGAUUACUUCUGGCCUUGCCUACUUGCAUGGAAGAAAUGUGGUGCACAGGGACAUUAAAGGUGCAAAUAUUUUAGUUGAUCCCAAUGGUGAGAUCAAAUUGGCGGACUUUGGCAUGGCGAAGCAUAUAACAUCUUGCCAAUCAAUGCUUUCUUUCAAGGGUAGCCCUUACUGGAUGGCACCUGAGGUUGUGAUGAACACGAAUGGCUACAAUUUGGCUGUUGAUGUGUGGAGCCUGGGAUGCACUGUUCUUGAAAUGGCAACAUCGAAGCCGCCUUGGAGUCAGUAUGAAGGGGUGGCUGCCAUUUUUAAAAUUGGAAAUAGCAAAGAUAUGCCUGAAAUUCCCGAUCACCUUUCUAAUGAUGCCAAGAGUUUCAUAAGGCUGUGCCUGCAGCGUGAACCAUCGGCCCGCCCAACCGCUGGACAGUUACUUGACCACCCUUUUAUUCGAGACCAGGCAACAUCAAGAGUAUCUAUCAUUAGCAUAACCAAACAUGCCUUUCCUUCAGUGUUUGAGGGGACCCGCACGCCGCCAGCACUGGAUCUCCAUCCCAACAGAGGAAGCAUGACUCCAGGUGCUAUGACUCCUCCUGAAAUGGACUACCCGAGACAGCCAGUUGGAAUGUUCUCUCUCUCCAACAGAGGAAGUGUGACUCCAGGAAGUAUGACUCCUCCUGAAAUGGACUACACGAGAAAGCCAGCAGGAAUGCUCUCUCCCUCACGAGCCAUGAGAAGCCCGAGGAAUGAUGUGAGAAUGAUAACGUCUUUACCUGUAUCCCCGAGUUCAAGCCCAUUGCGUCAUUUUGGAAAUACACACAGGAGCGGUUUUCUCUCUCCUCCUCACCCAGCCUUUGCUCCUGUUGGACACAGUGCUUACACCUUGAAUGACUACUCCAUAUAUCCCACAAGACCAAACACAAGACAGCCUCUGGAUCCUUGGCACGAAACAGCUCUUUUCAGUUCUCGGACGCCCAAUGGAUCCCCGAGAAGGGGACUUAUUUGAUGUAAAUAGCAAAGUAAAACGGUAGGUCCUUUUUCAAUCAUCACAGGAGAGGAAUGAGUAAGCUCUAUAUGCUGUAUUUAGAGAGAAAGUAUAGCAACGUGUCCCUUCGGACAAAAAUGGUGGGAUUUCUCCAGCUGGUUUUACAAGAGCUUCAAGAAGAAAGUAUAAAAAGGCUCUUCAUGGAUACGGUGGAACUUGCAUUUCUCGCUUGUGCAACAAGUUCCUCCUUGCAUAUAAUAAAGGGUGAUGGAACUUUACGAUGAGGAAAGUACUGUAGUUUGAAUCCUGUAACAAUUUGUUGAUUGUUGUAACCCAGAAAGGCACUGUCUAUGUUUGCAACAUUCUUGUUUAUAUAGUUCAGAAGUUGUAAGAUCACUGGCCAAACUGUUGUCAGCCUGAUAAAAAGAGAGGAUUGGCCCUCGGUGCUUCCCUUUC